AUGUUUCGAACAAAGAAAUCAACAGCAGCAACCACUGACCAUAAAGUACAACGACUGAUGGUUUCUGGCCGAACAGACGCUGUAGCUUCAUCUGCUCAACAACGUAUCUACAUGCAUGAAAAUCUUUAUUUCAGUGCUUCCGAUUUGUCUAUUUAUAAUAGGCUGAUCCCAUUGCAGAUCACAGAGGGUUCAGUGUCAAUAGAACAUGUUCGUUUAUCCUUAGUCUCAAUGAUUAAGCAGCAUACAGUUCUUCGCACUGCCAUUCGUUUCAAUCCAAUACGCAAUCAAAUCGAGCAAAAUAUUCAACCACUCACUGAUGAUAUCUAUUCGUUUCAACAUUCUCAAGGUGUUUCACCAUUAGAAAAGCUUGAUCGUCUACUGACGAACGAAUCAAUUGGAAAAUAUUUCGAUGUCGAAAACGGAAAAGUUUUACGAUGUCAUGUAGUGCAACGAUCUCCUGAGACUCAUGAUGAUUCACUACACGAAGGUGAUCUUAUAAUUUUCGUGAUUCACCAUAUCGCAAUUGAUCUCAGCUCAGUCAAACCAUUUCUAAAAGCCUUUGAACGAGCAUGCUGGGCAAAUGAAUAUCAACAAUCAGUGUUAACAAUUCCACAAUACAUUGACUUUGCAUUGUUUGAACAGGCACUGCUAGCCGACACAAACGCACAGUCCAAGAUGAACAAGGCUCGUCGAUUUUGGGCUAAUCUUAUGCAUGGAUACAACUGGGAUAAAAUACAAUAUUUAGUACCCAAUGAAGGUCAAAUUGAUCGACUUCAUUCAGGCCGUGGUUAUACUACUGCAUUUACUAUCAAUCAAGAUGUUGUCGAUUCAAUGAUGUUAUUUGCUUCAACCAACAACGUGACAAUGUUCUCAUUGUCUCUUGCCUGUUACUAUACAUUUCUCUUUAAACUAACCAAUCAUGAUGAUGACUUUUGUGUAGUUAGCAGCGCAGCUAAUCGUCCUGAGAAAGAGAUACAAGAUAUGAUUGGUAUAUUUGUCAAUCUUCUACUAUACCGCAUCAAAAUUGAACCAAAUAUUGCAUUUAAACAUCUGGUGCAACAGGUGCAACAGCUGAGCAGUGAAGUUCUCGAGCAUGCUUCUUUACCUUAUCAACAGAUUAUUGAUUCCCAAGACAAACGAGAAAAUAAUGUAUUACCUUCAGCGUUCUUUCAGUAUGAAUCCUUGAUAUCUUCAAUGAUAUCGAAAAAUUCAAUCGAAAUAUCUUUGAGCGAAGGUUCGUUUGCAAGUUCCUACAGUGACCGAGAUCUAGAUCACCAAAAUGGUACAUCACUAUUCGAUAUGUCUCUUACAAUUAUCCAUGACCAUCAUACACCAAGUACAGAAUGCUUUCUGAAUUGCUCUGCUGAUAUAUUUAAACAUCAAGAUGAGAUCGAUCUGCUAUCAAAGCGUUUCCAACAUAUCCUUACGGAACUCUUUUGCUCUUCGAUUACUGGCGAGCCAACCUAUAAUCAAUGUAGUAUAUCGAUCAGUAACUUAUCACUUAAUUUACCCGAAGAACUCGAAGAAAUACAAAAAGUAAUCUUUCA